AUGUUAAACUCAACAAUAAUUCAUCGAAAUGAUGAUGUUUAUUAUAAUGCUGAUAGUUUUCCGUUAUCAUAUGAAGAAGAUGAUUUUGAUUCAUCAUCAAUAUCAUUAAAUCAUUCAUAUUAUGAUGAUAUUCUACUGAAUUUAAAUCAUACAUUAAAUAAAACAAAUUCUCCAUCAAUAUUAUCUUUAUCAAGUCCAAUUACAUAUAUUAUUUUUAUUAUUAUUUCUUAUUUAAUAUUAACAAUUAUUUUACUUACAUUUAGUUUAUAUAAACAACGUCGAAGUGAAAUGGAAAAUUUUUAUUUUGGAGAUACAGAUGAAGAUAUUGCACAAGAAAAACGUUAUUUAGCAUGGAAACAAUUAUUAAUUGGAAAAAUUAAAAAAGGUGAUAUGGAACCUUUAUUAUCUGAUGGAAUCGAUCAACAAAUAAGUACAUCAACAUUUCCAUUGCGUAUUGUGUAA